AUGUCUGUUAUUGAGACUAUCCAUGCCUUUGAUAAAUUGGAAUAUAAUGACAUACGUUCAUUUACUGCGGCUUCGGCUUUGAUUGCAAAAUCUAUUCAACAAUAUAAUAAUGAUCCAUCAGCAAAGAUUAAUAGACUUCAAUUGUUAUAUGAAAAUGAAUCAUCGGAAAUUACAUUUCAACAGAAAGAUAUCGAACGUGAAUGGCUUGAAAAUAAUAAUGAAAUAAUAUCUUUUACGACAAUAUUGGACUCUUGUCUUGGUCGAUCAUUAUCAGAUCGUCCGAAAAUCUCCGAGCAAUCGAUCUAUUUACCAUUUCGUUCUGAUCAACCAAUUGAAUAUGAAGCAGUACAAUGGCAAACAGAUCCAUCAUCACCUAGUCGAGUAUUACAACCUUGUCAUGAACCAAAUACCGAUCAACAAAUAAAUAACAAUAAUACAAAUGUGAUCCUUCUCGAUGAUAAUGACGAUCAGAAUUAUAUUGAUGCAAAUGGUGAUGAAGAAAAUGAACCACCAAAAUUACCUAAGAAGAAAGGCAAGAAGAAAAAACAACAAGCAAAAAUGAUUGAAAAUAAUAAUGAUACUUCAGUACAAUUAAAUACUUCAUCAAAUCGAACAUCAAUAACAGGUCAAAAAUUUCCACAAAAACUAUCAUCAAAAUGGUCAGCUGGUAAACGUAGUUCAGGCUUUGGCACUGGUAAAACAAGUGCUAUUCGCAAGUUUGCACGUUCAUCAAAUGAUCGUCAACAUCGUCCAGAUUCUCGUACAUUAUUUCGUAAUAAACCAUCAGUUACAAGUAAUACAUCUCGUCUUAGUCAAGAACAACGUGAACAAUUAGCACGUGCUGUUGAAGAACGUAAACAAGAAGAACGUAAACGUAAAGUUGAAAAAUUACAUGAACAGGCAAAAAAACGUGAAGAAGUUCUUAAUCGUGCUAAACAAAUUCAACAAGAUAAAGAUCAAAAAAAUCAAUUACGUAUAUCUGAUAAUCAAUCAAAAACAAAUGCUAUUGUUAAUAAAAAAGCACAAGGAAAUAAUUUUAAUAAUUCAACAACAUUUAAUAAUUCAAUAAAUGAAUCAACAAAUCUUCCAAAAACAACUGCACAACAACAACAGCAUAAACCUGUUAUACUUGAUACGACUAGCAAUAAAAUACUUGGUCAAAAUAAAAUAUUUAAACAACCAACAAAUUUUGGAUUAAAAAAAGGAACACCAGCAACAGCAAAUGCUGAAUAUACAUUUGUUGUUGAUAAGAAUAAUCCACAAAGAAACGAUAUUACAUUACCAUCAAGUUCAUUAAUUCAACCAAAUGUGCAACAGAAAGCAGAUUGGACUAUUUUACCAACACCUGCAAAUGCUUAUGAUGAAUUGGAACUUGAUACAACAAUGACCGAUACAACUCAUGAUUCAGGUGAUGGUGAUUAUGGUAUUGAAGAUGUACGUUCAGAUCAAGAUUCAGAUAAUGAUGAUGAAGAUGAAACUCGUAUACCUGGUUGGGCUAAAGAACGUUUAUUUCAAACAUUUUGGAAAACUCAAGGUCAUUGGUAUUUAUCACGUCGAACACUUAAAUUAACACGUCGAACAUUAGGACAUUACCCUAUAAUCAAAGAUCAACUUCAAACAUGGCUUAAAGAGCUUAAAUCAAGCAAACCAUUAUCAGAAACAUUUACCGAUGCAACAUAUCUUGAUCAAACACAAACACCACACUUUUGA